AUGGAGGAGGAAGCACAGACGGGCCACCAAGCCUCCUGGAAGUCCCGCGCCUGGCCCGGCCCCUCAGCUAUGCUCUCGUCCUGGGUUCGCCUCCGCAGCACCGGCCCCGGCCCCGGCCCCAACCAUGGCCCCGCCCUCCUCCUCCGCCGCCUCAGCAUGUGGACGAUUCUCCUCAUCCGCGUCCUCAUCUCCGUCCUCAUGGUCAUCCUGCGCACCCUAGGCCCCCAGACGAUCAGCGUGGCCGUCGGUGCCGUCCUGCUCGUGCUCAACCUCGUCUCCACCGUCUGGUGCCUCACUAUGAUCGACCGCGCCGAGGGGGUUCGGGAUGUCUUCUGCCUGCGGAUCGGCCGGAAACACCUCGACGUCUUUGUCGUCUUCUGUGCUGUCUCCCAUAUUCUCAUGCUUGCUGGCUUCUUCACUUUUACUGGCUACGUGGUGGCCAAUAUCGUUUGGUUCCUUCUCUGGGCGCUGCUCGCAGGGUACGGGUUCAUCUGCUGCAAGGCAUCGGAUUAUAUUGCCUGA